AGUUUUUUUAGUUUGAUGGUUAAAAGUGAGAGUGCAAAUCUUUCGAGGUUUAAAGUGUUUAAAAUGCAAUUUUCCCAAUCAAUAUUUAAUAACAUGUUUCUUCUCACUUCCUUGUUUAAUUUAUAUCUUCUCCUUCACAAAUCACAAUUCUCCUCUUCAAUGUCUCUUCUUCCCUUCAUCAAGAAGAUCCAAUGGCUAAUCCCAUCACAUCGAGCUCUCAGUUGUUGGAUUAUCAUGAAAUAGAUGAUAGAGGAAAGGUAAAAAGAUCAUCUUGGGUUCAAAAAGUGAUAGACAUGGAAGAAACAAAGGCUCAGAUUAUUUACUCUCUUCCAAUGAUAUUCACAAAUCUUUUCUUAUAUUGUAUCCCUUUAAGCUCUGUUAUGUUUGCUUCCCACCUCGGCCAACUCGAGCUUGCCGGUGCAACCCUCGCCCAUUCUUGGGCCACAGUCACCGGAUUUGCCUUUAUGACAGGGUUAAGUGGAGCAUUUGAGACAUUGUGUGGACAAGGCUUUGGUGCAAAGAGCUACAGAAUGUUGGGGGUUCAUCUACAAUCAUCUUGCAUCGUCUCAUUAGCCUUCACCAUCCUCGUCUCCAUCUUCUGGUUCUUCACAGAAUCGGUCUUUAGACUUCUCGGGCAAGAUCCUAACAUCUCAAAACAAGCUGCACUCUAUAUGAAGUACCAGGUUCCCGGUUUACUCGCUUACGGUUUCUUGCAAAACAUUCUAAGAUUUUGCCAAACACAAUCCAUCGUUACUCCACUAGUCGUAUUCUCUUUUGUUCCCUUGGUGAUCAAUAUAGGUGUCGCAUAUGUUAUGGUUUAUUUGGCCGGCUUUGGAUUCAUUGGUGCUCCAAUAGCUACAUCUAUCUCAUUGUGGAUAGCUUUCCUUUCUCUUGGAACUUAUGUGAUCUGUUCCGACAAGUUUAAGGAAACAUGGACCGGAUUUUCGUUGGAAUCAACUCAUUAUGUAAUAAUAAACUUGACUUUAAGUCUCCCUUCUGCUGCUAUGGUAUGUUUGGAAUAUUGGGCGUUCGAGAUUCUGGUGUUCUUGGCAGGAUUGAUGCCUAAUCCUGAAAUCGCCACCUCUUUGGUAGCUAUAAGUGUCAACACGGGAGCGGUUAGCUACAUGUUAAUAUAUGGACUUAGCGCAGCUGCAAGUACUCGUGUAUCGAACGAACUUGGAGCAGGAAAUGUAGAAGGCGCAAAGACGGCGACUUCUGUAACCAUAAAGUUGUCUUUAGUUCUUGCUCUCUGCGUAGUGGUUGCUUUACUUGUAGGUCACGAUAGUUGGGUUAGGUUAUUCAGCAAUAGACAUGUGAUCAGAGAAGAGUUUGCAUCAUUGAGGUUCUUUCUUGCUGCCUCUAUAACUCUUGAUUCGCUCCAGGGUGUUCUUUCAGGAGUGGCCAGAGGAUGCGGAUGGCAGCGAAUGGUCACGGUUAUAAACUUGGGAACAUUCUACUUCAUUGGAAUGCCUAUUGCAGCCUUUUGUGGUUUCAAGUUGAAGUUUUACGCUAAGGGUUUGUGGAUUGGUUUGAUUUGUGCUUUAUUUUCCCAAUCAUCAUCUCUCAUGCUUAUGACAAUUUUCCGGAAGUGGACAAAACUGAAUGCUUCGGUCUGAAAACUAGUUCCAUUUUCUUCUACGGAGGCACAUUUCAUUUGGUAAGCAAACAUGGAACAAAAUACUUUGAAGAAAAUUUAGACAUUUUUGGAAUAUAGUGGACGAGAUUAACAUAUAUAUAUAUAUAUAUAUAUCUUCUG